AUGCUGGUUCCUGGCCCUGCUGGAAAUGGUGCAGUGAGCCGUAACUGCACCAGCGGAGGAUGGACCAGAGCUUUCCCCCCGUACCACAUCGCCUGCAGUGUGGAUGAUGACAUCCCUGAGACAGAGCAGUCAUACUUUGCCACGGUGAAGAUGAUUUACACCGUGGGCUACAGCAUCUCUCUAGCAGUGCUGGCUGUGGCUGUGUUCAUCCUGUUGCUCUUCAGGAGGCUGCGUUGUGCCAGGAACUUCAUUCACAUCCAGCUCUUCAUGUCAUUUAUCCUGAAAGCUGUGGCUGUGUUCAUAAAGGAUGCAACUCUUUUCUCGAGUGAAGACACAAACCACUGCACGCUUUCCACGUUUGCCUGUAAGGCCUCUGUGGUCUUCUGUCACUAUUGUGUAAUGUCCAAUUUCUUCUGGCUCCUGGUGGAGGCGCUUUACCUCAAUUCCCUGCUGCUUUCGUCCUUUUAUCACAGUCGUCCAUGCCUCUGGGGCUUCAGCCUGCUGGGAUGGGGUGUACCUGUGCUCUUCAUCGUCAUGUGGAUUGGAUCCAGGGUGUAUUUUGAGGACACAGAAUGCUGGGGAUAAUCAACCGAGGAGUCGCCCUAUAGGUGGAUCAUCAAGGGACGUUUGUUGUGGUCUUAUAGCGUUAAUUUCCUGCUCCUCAUGAACAUCAUCAGGAUCCUGAUACAGAAACUGAAUCCUCGUCUGAUCCACUUCAACAACUCGUCUCAGUACAGGCGCCUCACUAAGUCGACCCUCCUCCUCAUCCCUUUGUUCGGUACGCACUACAUGGUCUUCAAUUUUCUGCCUGACUACUUCAAUGUCAACCUGCGCCUGUGUAUCGAGCUCUGCAUGGGAUCCUUUCAGGGGCUCCUUGUAGCGAUCCUCUAUUGCUUUCUCAAUCAAGAGGUCCAAAAAGAGGUGCAAAUGCAGUGGAUGAGGUGGCAGGAGCGGAGCUAUGGUGUGGUGUCACCGGCUGCUAAAUGCAGUCAGAUGGACACACCCUUCUGAUGGUGAUCUUCACCCUCUGCCCACAGCUCCUCUGCUCCUCUGCUCCUUGUGAAGUCCCACAGGAUUGCCUUUGUGCAUGUCAUGUUCUGCAAUAGGCUGCACAGUAUGCACCAUAGUGGUUUAAAGCCAUCUCUGUACGUUUAUAAACCAUUCAAAAGAUGACCUUUUUAAAGACUCUGCUCCAGAAAGAAGGAUGACAUUUUAUGACAUUAUACACACACAUUUUAGAACAGAUCCUGCCAAUUUAAUUUCCCUUGAGUCACUGUGUCAGCAACUUCAGACAGUUCACCUUCCAGAUUUCCUCGGGCCCCUCUCUGGUUUUAUUAAAGAAUAAAGAUGUGAAGCAUAGUGCUUACCCUAAUGAUGAAGGAAUAAUCAAUUAUGUAAACCGUUUCACCGGAUAUGGGUUUUUAGGAACCAAGAAAAACACUAUCUUGUUGAGUGUGGUGGAUGUCGUCUCUAUAGAUGCUAAAGUUAGAUACAGUAGAUUACAUUCCAUUUAUCACUGUUGCUGUAGCGUAACCUGUUGAAAAUGUAAUAUACACAAAUUAUGAAUCACUCAGUUGACACAAGCUGAAAUUAAAAUGGGUUAUUACUGAUGUAAUUCAACAGCAGUAUAACAUCGUACUACAUAAUUCAUAUUUGAACUUAGAUUGAUUAUUUUGAGUUGUCUACACACAGGGAGAUGAGCUGUAAGUCUAUAUGUAUAUAUUUAUUCACUGAGCAAAAUUAUUUCUUUGUUUUUAUAUAUUAAUGUUUUAAUUCAAAGUGCGUACAAAUUGAUACCUUAAUGGCAGCUUAAUGAAUGGAUAUCUUAAAGUCUGCUCAUGAUACACAUUAGUGUCAGCUGCUAUAUGUGUGUGUUUUUUGUUUUUGCUUUUUCAGUGUAACCUGCACCUGUAACCUUUAGAUCGUUGACACACUGAUGAGAGUUGAGCAGCUUCUCACCUGUUGUGUGGUUUGAUGUCAUGAACACAAUACCAUGAACAUAAACUUUAUCAUGGUAAUUAUUUUUAAGUUAUUUUACAUCAAUGUAUAUGAUGCUGACAUUAUACAGCGGUUUGUACUGCAUACGAAGAACGAUACAAAUUGAGUGCCAUAAUUUGUUUACAGAUCUAUUUUUGUUAGAAAUUAAAAUGGAUGUUUAUGCUUUGUAUGUGUUAUAAGCCACAAUACUCUUACAGUGUAGUUUAUUUUAUGUAAACAAAACAUUUGUGUAAAACUGAAUGUAUAAAGAAGUCAGACCUUUCUCUGUUGUUACAUUUGGAAGUUGCUGCUAUUCUUGUG